AUGGUUCAGCAAGACCCCCACCAAGGCGGCAGCCUCUCUGAAAUGGCCGCCCAAGGCACACGCAUUCCCAACGACGCCGGCAUGAUGAAUACCAUCCCCUCGGUGCCACGCCCAGACCAGCGCGCCGAGCAUUUCGGCUUCGACAACGGAGGCAUCGCCGAGCCCUCAACAGCGAUGGCCGCUGACAACACUACCGACCUGCCACGCUCGACCCGGGAUGUAGGUCAGACCGGCGAGGUUAUCAGCGGCACAGGCAACUCCAUGCCGGCUGGCAUUGAGGCCAAACAUGCCUACAUGGGCUCCAAUAACCACGCUGGCCAUGGUGAUACUCGCGAUCUCAAACAUUCCAAGUAUAACCGGAGUGAAUUUGAGCGCUAUCAGGAGGAGUAG